AUCAGAAACAGCUUCCUUGGAAUUCGCCGCUGCUGGUUAUCGUCGGUUAACAAUGAAUGUUUCCAUGAUCUACCACUAGCUCAUGAUUUGGAGUAGAUUUCUAUCCUUCCAGUAUCCCAGGAAAUUUUCCCUUUCCUUUUGGUUCAACAUUCCUUGACUCGAGAAUUGUUUGUACUACUAUCUUCCUGAGCCGGGGAGAUCUUGUGGAUUGUCUAUUUGUUUACUGUGUAUCUCAUGAGCUUCAUCAGACAUGCUUUGACCUGACAGAUUGUGAAUCCAGACCAUUAACGUCAUCUCUGCACCUCUGAAUCCUCCCUCUGCUCUGUUCUGCUCGCAAUGAGCGCAAAAUCCAGACAGGCUCCCACGAGUUGGGACGCCUACGAGCGUGGUCGUGCAUCUUCCUUCGGUUCCCUCGAGUCUGUGCCCGAAGACGAGCAGCAUAACAAUCUCUCCUCAUCCACUCCAGCGACGCACUAUAUUCCUCCAUUGCAUGCGGAAGACCAAGAGCACGGACGCUUACGGCGGAGAUCUUCUUUUGGCAAGAGAAUUGACCAUUUUAUGCAGAUGGGAGGGCCCAAUAGUAUCGAUAACUUUGCAAGGUCGUUCCAAAGAGCUGCGGGAUUUCGUGAGAUUACGCCGGUGCGGAGGAACUCGGUCAGCUUUUCUGAGACCGAUCAAGAAGCAGCUCCGGCCAGUCCUGAACAGAGCACAGCAGCUCCCAACAGGUCCCUUCUGAGACAACAGCUUCAAAACUACGAUUUCGGAGCCGACAAUGACUCCGCCCUGCAGGAUGAGCGAGCUCCAGGCAAUGAGGAGCCGACAGAAGAGUCAUCUCUUUUGCCUGUUGAAAGCCGGCAAACCUUCAAGUCCACGACAGGCUCUCUCGCUCCAGGCUCUCUGCUACCACAUGAGUUGGGCACAAGCUAUGGAAGUAUUUCCUCCAAGUUGACGGCGACUGCUCGGCACCGAGCAUCUAUCCUCAUUAUGGAACAGGAGGAAGCCAGCAGGCGAGCAUUGCAGGAGCCGGAGGCAUUAAAGGAAGAACCUCAUCGACAUGUUGAACGGGAGGUUCUCCCCGACGGUGAGGUCAUGGAGCGGAUAGUAGGCGAGUCAACCGUUCCUAUGACUGUCUUCAACUCCACGAAUGUGUUGAUUGGAGUUGGCAUCCUGGCCCUGCCCUUGGGUAUUAGAUACUCUGGAUGGGUGCUUGGUCUCUCCUUCUUGACUCUCGCCGCCAUCGGCACCUCAUACACGGCUAGAUUGUUGGCCAAAUGUUUGGAUUCGAACACCGGGUCAACAACGUACGGAGACAUCGCUUAUCUGGCAUUUGAUUCUUGGGGCAGGCAUUUUGUUGAAGCCUUGUUCAUCUUGGAGCUGACUGCUGCCAAUGUCGCUCUGAUCAUUCUGUUCGCCGACAGUAUGAACUCUCUGAUACCUGAUGUUUCCGUGAUCGAGUGGAAGGUCAUUAUUGCUCUCGGCCUGAUUCCGUUGAACUUUGUCCCUUUCAAAACCCUGAGUGUCACCAGUGUCAUCGGCAUCUUCUGCUGCCUGGGCAUCAUCAUUAUUGUCUUUGCAGAUGGCCUCAUCAAGCCUCGGGCCCCUGGUUCUCUGAGAGAUGUGGCCAAAACUUGGGCAUUUCCCGAAGACUGGAGAACCGUUCCGCUCAGUCUAGGUCUAUUUAUGGCUCCAUGGGGUGGCCAUAGCGUGUUCCCGGCUAUUUACAAGGACAUGCGACAUCCUCAUAAAUACGGGCGCGCUUUGAAGUACACCUACUUCUUCACUUACGGUCUUGAUCUGUCUAUGGCUGUGCUAGGAUACCUCAUGUUCGGCGACAAGGUGCGCGAUGAAGUGACAUCCAAUAUUCUCCGCUCGACCGCCUACCCUCACGUCCUAUCCGUCAUCAUUGUCGUUCUGAUCGCCAUCAUCCCUGUCACUAAGAUCCCGCUCUCAAACCGGCCUGUGAUGGACACGCUCAACAAAAAGUUCUACAUCGACCUCCGCCAGAUGGAUCCCAAGGCCCGCGCAUACAGUGAACGAUCGCUCAAACACCGUGCUGCGCGAGGGCUCAUCGGUAUAUUGGCCAACAUCAUCCAACUCGGCAUCGCCAUCGGGUUUCCCGACUUUGACAGUAUUAUGGCCCUCAUGGGCUCGGCAUUGUGUUUUACCAUUUGCAUCAUCCUGCCCGUCAGCUUUUAUCUAGUGAUUUUCAGCUCCGAGGGCAAGGAGAUUGGUUUGAUGGAGAAAAUCCUGGAUUGGGUUUUGUUGGUGGUUUGCAUCUCCCUGGCUGUGUUGGGGACUGUAUUUGCUAUUUUGCCCAAGAACAAGAUUGGGGCUUCGGUUUGACAAUACACGGACCCGAUAAGAAAAUUGGAUGUUGUAAAAGAUGGAAGAGAAACUUCACAGGCUGCCUGGACAGAUGGCCAAGCCAUGGGAGGAAUGUUGCCAGCCAGAUAAUUGAUAAUGAUACGCUUUGUAUAUAUCGCCGAGGGCACAUCCUCCGCUCUCAGACUACAAUUUCCAACAGCGCAUUGAUCCCCCA